AUGCCCUCCGCUACUAUAGAGAAUGGUGUCUCUCCUGAUACCACCGUGACGAACGGCCCUAAUCCCGAGGGCGCUGAAGCUCCCGAGGAGCAAGGCGACUCUAUCGUGACCCUGACCGUGGUCCUUCCUCAUGCCCCUGAGAAGAUCCAGGUGCAGGUCUCCACAGCCGAACAGGUUCACGAAGUCCGACAGUCCCUCAUCGACCUUCAAGCCGCCUUCCAAUACACAUGCUUCCGUCUCGAACACAACGGAGAGCGUCUCAAUGACUUUGUAGCCCUGUCCGAGGUUCCCGGCCUGGUCGAAAACCCGGAGAUCAAGCUUGUCGAGGAGCCUUACACCGAAAGGGAGGCCCGUCUUCACUUUGUUAGGAUCCGCGAGCUCAUUGGCGCUGCCGGUGACCGAAGCGACAUCACCUACGGCGACCCCUACCCUCACCUCCUCGUCCCCGCCGCCGAGGAUGCCGCGCCCAAGACAUUGAAGUCGAUCGCCUUGUCGUCGUGGCACCCUCCUCCCUGCCAUCUCCGCCAGAAGGGUCACUUGAUGUACCUCGUCGCUACUACCAACGAGGGUGAGCAAUACCAGAUCACCUCCCACGUCGGAGGUUUCUACGUCAAUAAGUCAUCCAACGCCAAGUUCGAUCCCUUCCCUAAGGGUACCCCCAAGGGCUACCAAUCCCAUUCUCUCCUCACUCUCAUUGAAGCCAUCUCCCCCAGCUUCACCGAGUCCCUUGCCAAGCUCCACGAGCACAAUGGCCGCAAGGAUCCUCUCGCGGCCUUCCAAAUUACCCACGCCAUCCCCGCCGCCCCCUGGGCCGUGCCGUCCUCUAGCGCGCCCCAGUGCGCGCACCAACCCGACCCGGCUAGGUCUCAAGAGACCUACCUGAUUGGCGGCAUUGAGAAUGCCGACACUCUUCGAGACUGGAACGAGGAGUUCCAGUCCGCCAAGGAGCACCCCAGGGAGUCUGUCCACGAUCGCGUCUUCCGCGAGCGUCUCCUCGCCAAGUUCUUCGCCGAUUACGUCGAUGCCGCCACCCGUGGCGCCAUGAUGAUCUUUGUGUACAACAACAUCUUCUUCUCCUUCGGCGCUGACGGCGUCGGCACCUUCACCUCGGAGGGCGGCGACGAGGCUGCUCGCGUCGCCACGAGCAAGGACGUUGCCGGCGUGCGUCUCGUCAACCAGCUCGACAUUGACGGCCUUUUCACUGCCGCCACCGUCGUCGUAGACUACCUCGGCAAGCGCGUUGUUGGCCAGAGCAUCGUCCCCGGCAUCUUCAAGCAGCGCGAGCCUGGCGAGCACCAGAUCGACUAUGGUGGUGUCGACGGCAAGGACGUCGUCACCGCUGAUGAGCGGUUUGCUGUUCCCUUUGAGAAGCUGUCUCGCGCGCUCAAGGUCAAGAAGCACCCCGUGUGGGACAAGGAGGGUAAGCGCUUCGACCUCGAGGCUAGUGUGGAAACUAAGGGUCUCUUGGGCACUGACGGUCGCAAGUACGUGCUCGACCUCUACCGCGUCUCGCCCGUGGACAUCGCCUGGCUCGAGGAGACCGAGUCCGAUGAGGCGGCCAAGAGCGGCGCUACCUACCCCCACAGGAUGACGGUCCUCCGCCCCGAGCUCGUGGACCUCUACGCGAGGCAGAAGAUGAAGGAGUGGGUUGAUGCUGAGUUGGCCAGCCGCGCCAAGGCCAAGGAGAGCGAGGCCAAGGAAGACGAUAAGAAGGCUGAAGAGGAGGGCGAGGAGGAGAAGGAGGAGAAGGAGGGAGAAGAGAAGAAGCCGGAUCCUCGGGAUCAGAUUGACCUCUCCAAGUUCCGCUUCGCCCUCAACCCUGACGUCUAUAGCGGCCAAGUGCCCCAGACGGACGAGGAGAAGGCCGAACUCGAGGCUGACGAGCAAAAGGUGCGCGAGAUUUGCCAGCACCUCCGUGACGGCGUCAUCGCCGGCUUCCUCAAGGACCUGGUCGAGUCAGAUGCUGGUUUCCCCAUGGACGGCACCUCGCUCAGCCGCCAGCUCCAUAAGCGGGGUAUUAACGUCCGAUACCUGGGUAAGAUUGCUUCCCAGUGCACCGACGCCCGUCUCCGGUGCCUGCUGGAAGUCUGCGUCCAGGACAUGGUCUCUAGGGCCUUCAAGCAUGUCAUUUCCGGCUACCUCCGCCGCCUCCCCUACACCCUGGCCCCGGCCUGCUUGGCCCACCUCCUCAACUGCUUGCUGGGCUUCCGCGUAAACCCCAAGCCCACCGCCGACGUCGACCCGGCCCUGGCCUCGCUCUACUCAGAGGCGGACCUGUCUUUCGAGAAGGUCACGCCCCAGAGCAUCCGCGCCAGCGUCGAGGAGCAGGUUGCCCAGCGAUUCAGGUUCAACCUGCCUGAGGGCUGGGCCGAGCAGAUUAAGCCCCGCCAGCUCCUCCGUGAGGUCAGCCUCAAGCUCGGCCUCCAGCUCCAGGCUCGCGAGUUCAACUUUGGCACCGAGGCCGCGACUGAGCAGGGAUCCGUCGCGCAGCAGCAACCCGCCAACGGCCAGAAGGAGGCCUCGUCCGGUGCCGGAUCAGGCGACGCUAACGCUAGCAAGAAGAAGAAGAAGAAGCCCGCGCGCGACAGCUCGCCUGCCUCGACGGCGUCCAACGCCUCCCCUAGCACCUUUACGGCCGACGACAUCCUCAACAUCGUCCCCGUCGUUAAGCACUCGGCGCCCCGCAGCGCGCUCGCCGAAGAGGCUCUCGAGGCCGGCAGGAUCUCCAUCAUCCAGAACCAGCGCCAGCUGGGCCAGGAGCUCCUCCUCGAGUCUCUCUCGUUGCACGAGCAGAUUUACGGCAUCGUGCACCCCGAGGUGGCGCGUGCCUACAACACGCUGUCGAUGCUCUACUUCCAGAUGGAUGAGAAGGAGAUUGCCGUGGAGCUCGCCAAGAAGGCGGUGGUGGUUUCGGAGCGCACCGUCGGUAUCGACGCGCCCGAGACGCUCCUCAACUACCUCAACCUCGGACUCUUUGUUCACCAGGCGGGUGACAGCAAGGCGGCGCUCACGUACGUCAGGCACGCGCUCUCGCUGUGGAAGAUCAUCUACGGACCGGACCACCCCGACUCCAUCACGACGAUCAACAACGCGGCGGUGAUGCUCCAGCACCUCAAGGCGUACCAUGAGUCGCGCUUGUGGUUCGAGGAGUCGCUCCGCGUGUGCGAAAAGGUGUUUGGCAAGCAGUCGAUCAAUGCGGCCACGCUCCUGUUCCAGCUGGCGCAGGCGCUCGCACUCGACCACGACUCCAAGGCGGCGGUGAACCGCAUGCGCGAGUCGUACAACAUCUUCCUCAACGAGCUCGGCCCCGAGGACAAGAACACCAAGGAGGCGGAGAGCUGGCUCGAGCAGCUGACGCAAAACGCCGUCUCCAUCGCCAAGCAGGCCAAGGACAUGCAGGCCCGCCGCCUCAAGGCCGGCGUCCGCGUUGCCAACACGCGCACCGUUCUCGGCCAGGCUCCGGCCGGCGGCGUCAGGGCUGGCGUCGUGCCCUCAGUCGCUGCCCCCGGCGACGUGUCCAGCGUGGACCCCGGAGCAUCGACGAACUCCUCCGCUACAUUGAGGGCUCGGAUCAGAAGGGCAAGAAGCAGACCCCCAAGGGCGGCAAGAGUAACCCCAAGAGGAGGAGCUGCGUCGGCCUCGAAAUAA